GGAGGAGCUGCUUUGCAGACGGUGAUCUCUGAGCUGCAGUUUCAGAGCCAGAACCAGAGAGGAGCGAGCAGGUAGAAGAGCACAGAUCUGGAUCUCCUUGGAUCUGCUAGCUUCUGUUGGCAAUGACUCAACCGUCACUGAUGGAUCAUCAUCCCUCUGAUUUGGGACUUUUUGUUGUCCUGGGAGUUACUGAGGAGCUUUGAUUUAAGAGGCACGCUUGUUGGAGUUUCUUCUUCUGGGCUUUAGGGUAAAAAGCAGGAUCAGCACCAUUUGUGGGACAAUAGCCAACAAAACCCCAGGAUGAAGACUCACCUCCUCCUGGAGGUCCUCCUCUUGGUGGCUCUCGUGCUUGUGGCCAGAGGGCAGCUGGAGUCAAAGAGGCAGCCCCCCCAGGCUGCUCUGAUUCUCACCCAGAGACCCAGGAUCAUGGAGAGGGUAGUUCAGGGCCCAGUGAGGUCCAACAUCACCAGGCCUAGCCGCCGCCUUCCACCCAUGUGCACGGGGCCCACGGAAAUCCAAGACACCUUCAAGUACAUCAACACUGUGGUGUUCUGCCUGGUGUUCGUCGUCGGCAUCAUUGGCAACGCCACGCUGCUGAGGAUCAUAUAUAAGAAUAAGUGCAUGAGGAACGGACCCAACAUCCUCAUUGGCAGCCUGGCCCUUGGAGACCUGCUGCACAUCAUCAUUGGCAUCCCCGUUAAUGUUUAUAAGCUGCUGGCAAAAGACUGGCCCUUUGGGGUGACUCUGUGUAAGCUUGUGCCGUUUGUCCAGAAAGCCUCGGUGGGGAUCACCGUGUUGAGUCUGUGUGCACUGAGUAUCGACAGGUAUCGCGCUGUGGCCUCUUGGAGUCGAAUCAAAGGAAUUGGAGUCCCAAAAUGGAUGGCCAUCGAGAUCGCCCUCAUCUGGAUCUUAUCCAUCAUCCUGGCUGUUCCAGAAGCAAUAGCCUUUGACAUGGUCACCAUGGACUACAAAGGGGAAGCCUUGAGAAUCUGCCUGCUGCAUCCCAUGCAGAAAACAAGUUUCAUGAGGACCUACAAAUUAGCCAAAGACUGGUGGCUCUUCAGUGUGUAUUUCUGCCUGCCACUGGCCUGCACCGCCAUUUUUUACACCCUGAUGACCUGCGAGAUGCUGAGGAAGAAGAACGGAGUGCAGAUUGCUCUCAGUGACCACCUUAAACAGCGGAGGGAGGUGGCGAAGACCGUGUUCUGUCUGGUUCUGGUCUUCGCUCUGUGCUGGCUGCCUCUCCACAUCAGCCGCAUCCUAAAGCUCACCAUCUAUGAUGAAGAGGAUCCAAACCGCUGUGAGCUGCUCAGUUUCUUCUUGGUGUUGGACUACAUUGGAAUCAACAUGGCUUCUGUCAACUCCUGUAUCAACCCAAUUGCCUUGUACAUGGUCAGCAAGCGCUUCAAGAACUGCUUUAGGUCCUGUCUGUUCUGCUGGUGUCUUCCAGCAGAAAUGCUGCUAGAUGAAAAGCAGUCGUGUAUGAAGCUUAAAGUCACAGACCGAGCCUCUGACCAGAGCAACUCCCGCACCACCAACAAGUCCAUCACAGCCUGAGCUGGCACCAAGAGUUAAGAAGUCACAUACACUAUCCAGAUGGGCCUUUUCAAAAUCGUCUCUAACCCUUCUCCAGGGAGAACGAGUGGGCUUCAAAACUGUAAUUACAAGAUUCAUGGGAGUGGAAAAUACAGGUUGGUGUGAGUGUUAAAGGAAAAUUUUGGCCAUCAUCAAGUGUUUUUGUUGUGUUUAAUGUUAUGAUUAAUUAUUUGACUGUCAGUGGAAGGGGAGCUGCUGCAUGACAACUGGGCUGCCUGUGAAGGCUUUGGGAUGGGGGAGGAACCCAGCUGCUCUUUGGGAAGACUAAGAACAAAGUUUACUUUUAAGUCAGCAUCUCCAAAAGUCUCCAGUAACACACAAAAAGUAACUCAUUUUAGUGACUAGUUCCAAUUUUGAAAAACAAACAAACAAACAAAAAAUAUAUAUAUAUUACAUGCGUCUGACUAGUUGCUAAUUAUAGUGACACACAGUCACUUAUCAGGUCAUAAGACAUUAUUUUAUAAAACAUGGGUGGCAUAAACUCCAUCGGUGUUUCUCAAUGUCAAGGCGCCUGGCCUCGCAAGGCGAUAUCUUGCGAGGCCAGGCGCCUUGCUUACAAGAACACUGUCCUUCCUUGGUCAAAGAAAACGGUUAAAUUGAACAGACUUGCAUCACGUGACCAUGGCUUUCCGCGGCACUCAUGUAACGUCACGUGACUUGGGAGAUAUAAGUUUCAAUUAAAAUGUAUAACAAGCCUAAAUGAAAUAUAUAAGCGAGUUACUACCCGCUAGCCACCGAAGCUGCAGCUACUAAGCAGCUAACCAACCAUAGAUAACUUUUUUGGAUCUAAAAAGAAAAAAAUUUCAGAUAUCAGCCCAACAGCUACAAUUAAUUGACUUACAUUUAAACUUGAAAAUUAUCCCCCGAAGUAGCUGACAGCUUCUGAUCCGCCAUCCUUUUGAAAAUGCUGCGGUGUAUUCUGGGUAAUUUUUGACCAAGCCUAGGCUACAAGACACCUCUCGUGUAUCCUUGCUCAGCUAGCUAAACGGCUAACAAACGGAGAACGUACGCCUCGGUAGAACAUGAUCACUUGAGCAUGCCUUGGCGGUUCCUGGUGACGUAUCUCCUAGACAACCGGGGCGGGGCCAAGACAUCAAGGCGAGGUUCCUUGACAUUGAGAAACACCCAUUUCUAAAUGAGGCCGUUCAGAGAGCAGCAGGGUAAAAAGGUAUUUGGAAGCCACUGAUUAUGCAAGUUGUCCCACUUAAAAAUAUUAGAUGUCCGUAAUUUUCAUCAUGGUUGCACUUCAACUAUGAUAGACAGAAUGUAUGAUUUAAAAUAAUUUAUUUAUAUAAGAGUUCAGAAAAUAAGUUUUUAGCACCUACAGACAAGCAAGCAAUGGUGCCACAUACAGUGGGGCCAAAAAGUAUUUAGUCAGCCACCGAUUGUGCAAGUUCUCCCACUUAAAAUGAUGACAGAGGUCAGUAAUUUUCAUUAUAGGUACACUUCAACUGUGAGAGACAGAAUGUGAAAAAAAAUCCAUGAAUUCUUAUGGCAGGAUUUUUAAAGAAUUUAUUUGUAAAUCAGGGUGGAAAAUAAGCUGGGACCACAGUAACAAAAAUCACCAUCAGUAACACACUACAAUGGCAGGGAAUCAAAUCCUGCAGUGUGUCUGUGAAGGUUCUCAGUCAUCCAGGUCAUUGUAGUCUAAUGAGCUUUGAAAGAAAAGCGUCUGGACUUCUUUGAGUUGCUUGAAGACAUUUCACCUCUCAUCCGAGAGGCUUCUUCAGUUCUAAGGUCAAAUGGUGGAGAGUCCCAGAUUUAAACCCAGUGGGAGUUUCUCCCCGAAAUCCUGCAGUGCCAGAUGUGUUCCACUGCUGAAGCCAGUGCAUGUCCAGGCCCGUCUGAAGUUUGCCAGAGAGCACAUGGAUGAUACAGCAGAGGAUUGGGAGAAUGUCAUGUGGUCAGAUGAAACCAAAGUAGAAUUUUUUGGUAUAAACUCAACUUGUCGUGUUUGGAGGAAGAAGAAUACUGAGUUGCAUGCCAAGAACACCAUACCUACUGUGAAGCAUGGGGGUGGGAACAUCAUGCUUUGGUGCUGUUUUUCUGCUAAGGGGACAGGACGACUGAUCCGUGUUAAGGACAGAAUGAAUGGGGCCAUGUAUCGUGAGAUUCUGAGCCAAAACCUCCUUCCAUCAGUGAGAGCUUUGAAGAUGAAACGUGGCUGGGUCUUCCAACACGACAAUGAUCCCAAACACACCGCCCGGGCAACAAAGGAGUGGCUCCAUAAGAAGCAUUUGAAAGUCCUGGAGUGGCCUAGCCAGUCUCCAGACCUCAACCCCAUAGAAAAUCUGUGGAGGGAGUUGAAAGUCUGUGUUGCUCGGCGACAGCCCCAAAACAUCACUGCUCUCGAGAAGAUCUGCAUGGAGGAAUGGGUCAAAAUACCAGCUACUGUGUGUGCAAACCUGGUAAAGACCUAUAGUAAUCGUUUGACCUCUGUUAUUGCCAACAAAGGUUAUGUUACAAAGUAUUGAGUUGAAUUUGUUAUUGACCAAAUACUUAUUUUCCACCCUGAUUUACAAAUAAAUUCUUUAAAAAUCCUGCCAUGUGAAUUCAUGGAUUUUUUUCACAUUCUGUCUCUCACAGUUGAAGUGUACCUAUGAUGAAAAUUACUGACCUCUGUCAUCAUUUUAAGUGGGAGAACUUGCACAAUCGGUGGCUGACUAAAUACUUUUUGGCCCCACUGUAUGGUGAGAUUUUGGCCAUAGACCUCUUUCCAUCAGUGAGAGCACUGAAGAUGAAAUGUGGCUUGAUCUUCCAGAAAAAGCAUCCCAGGGUUCUGGAGUGGCCUAGCCAGUCUGCAGACCUCAAUUUAAUAGAAUCUGUGGAGGAAGUUGAAAGUCCUAGUGACAGCCCUAAAACAUCACUGUUCUAGAGAAGAUCUGCAUGGAAGAAUGGGCCAAAAUACCAGCACCAGUGUGUGCAAACUUUGUGAAGACCUAGGAAAUGUUUGGCCGUUGUCAUUACCAAAUAAAAUUACAUUACAAACCUUUGUUGCUGACCAAAUCCUGAUUUUUUUUUGCACCAUUAUACAAACAUAUUUUUUAAAAAUUCCUGUGUUUUUACAUUCUGUCUCUCACAGGUGAAGUGUCCCUGUGAUGAAAAUUACAGACCUCUCACCUUUUUAAGUGGGAAACCUUGCUGUAUUAGUGGGUGCCAAAUACUUUUUAACCCCACUAUAUCUACAAAAAGUAAAAUAAUAACUGAAUUGUACACAGAAAUGUGACUGAAUUGGCCUGUGGAAAUGGGUUAAGUCUUGGACAGUUGAACUUAAGGAAAAUAGGCACUGAGUCUCACUUUGAUGUUGCCAUUAUAAAGACGGCAUCACCAGUGUGAGGCUGUGUGAUGCAGCUCCUGUUCAUGUAUUUCUGCUUAAAUGUGUAUUUGUAUUAAAUAAAGCUGACAUGUUGUUUCAUACUUUUCACAUAAAUCUGUUUAAUCUUAUGCUUUAUGUAUUUUUCUGAACUACUGAUAUUUUGUGUGAUACCAGCUGUGUUUUAUACUUUGUGGCUUUAAUGCUUCGAUGGCUAAGCUUGCUUUUCAUUAUUUUAUUUUGACUCAUUACCAAGGCUGGUAUGCUUCAAAGUAGUUUUACCCAAACAAAGAAAAUAAAAAUAAUGCCAAUAAAA